AUGCUUAGAAGAUACUUUUCCUCAAAUUCAGCAAGAAUGGUACAAGUCGGACAAUCUCUUCCCAAGACCACCCUUUUCGUUAAGGAUCCAAGUGACCAAUUCGAGUCUGGCUCCAUUGAGCCCAACUCCGUAAUUGUCACUGUCCCUGCUGCUUUUUCACCCACCUGUUCGGACACCCAUGUUCCAGGUUAUUUGACUAGACUCAAGGACCUCAAGUCCAAGAACAUCAACCAUCUGUAUGUUGUGUCUGUCAAUGACCCAUUCGUGACCAAUGCCUGGAAGAAGACAUUGUUGAAGAGCUUCUCCAUUGACAAGACUGAAGUUCCAGUGACUUUCUUGGCUGACCCUAAGGGUGAUUUCAUCCACGGGUUGGACCUGGACUUUGAUUCUGCCGCUGUCUUUGGUAACAAUCGUUCCAAGAGAAGCGCUCUCAUCAUUGGUUCCGAUGGUAAGGUCGCCAAGGAUUUUGUUGAACCAGACAACACUGGACUUAAGGUCUCUGCUGUUGACAGCGUUUUAAAGGCAUUGUAA